AGAUACAUGAGGAGACGGGCGUAAGAAAUAUUGCACAGGCAUUGAUCCAAAUCUUUAGACAAACACUCGAUCUCAUAAACCUUUCAAGAAACAUUUAUACAUCGAAAUUUCAAUGUCAUCCCGACCCUCAAACUCCCAAUCCUUCGCAUCCAUCUUCUCCCGCGAAGCUCCCAACCUCAGUAUGCCGCAAACAUCAAAGCCAUCACCCACUUCCACUUCCACACCACACACCGCACCUCCCGCAUACUCGCCGUCAGAAACUUCAUCAAUCAAAUCAUCAUCAACAACUAAAACCCUCGUUGGCAAGAUUUUCCAUCGAAAAUCUUCAGAUGAGAGUACGCACAGGGAUAAGAAGGCGGCAGUAGAUGAGAAGGUAGCAAGGGAUGAGGCGAAGCAUGCGGCGAGGGCGCAUUAUUUUGCGACUUUGUGAGGGAGGGGGAGAUGAUUGGGGUAGCAGUGCGAAAAGGAUAAAAGGGCGUGAUGAAUAAGUUUGCCAGGGAACGUUAGAAGGAGUAGAUCUUGAUUGGCUCGAGAUCCACGGCGCAAGGAGUAAAUUGUUUCAAAUGUCAUAUUGCGGAUUGA